GUCAGCUGCUCUGUGUUUCAGUCUGAAGCCGUUGGCUGCUACGGAACCGUUUGGCUCUUUUCUCUACUAGCGAGCAACACUACAUUCAAGACUCGACUGUACACCCAGCUCAAUUUUAAGGGGAUUUAUCACUAUAUAUGCCCGUAUAUUCAAAACACAUCGCUCACUGGGGAUUCCAGCUACCGGUUGACCUGUUCCGAAGGCCGUUAUAACGCUCUUUUCGGGGUUUAAUUAGAGCUUGAAAACAGCGGUGGUAGUGGAGGAGAUUCCAUAUUAGGAGCACAGAGGAGAAGGCACCCCCUCCCCCCUUGUGUGAUUUGGAGCUUUAGGUUCUGAGCCCAUGGUCCAAGUCCUGACUGACUGAUCAUAGUGGUGGUGCAUACAGACUUACUGCUGGGGCUAGAAGUGUGUGUGCUGACCUCAUGGUGUAACUGGAUUAAAAAUGAGCAUUAGCAGCGAUGAGGUCAACUUCCUGGUCUACAGAUACCUACAGGAAUCAGGGUUCUCCCACUCUGCAUUUACAUUCGGCAUAGAGAGCCACAUCAGCCAGUCCAACAUCAACGGAGCUCUGGUGCCCCCUGCUGCCCUCAUCAGCAUCAUCCAGAAGGGCCUGCAGUAUGUGGAGGCUGAAGUCAGCAUCAACGAGGACGGCACGUUAUUUGACGGUCGACCCAUCGAGUCUCUGUCGCUCAUCGACGCAGUGAUGCCAGACGUGGUCCAGACGAGGCAACAGGCGUACCGGGACAAAAUGGCCCAACAGCAGGCUGCAGCCUCGGCGCCGGCGUCGGCUGCAGGGGGCAGCAUAGCCGGCAACGCCAAGAACGGAGAGAACACUGCCAACGGCGAGGAGAACGGAGCCCACGCCUUAGCUAACAACCACUCGGAUCUGAUGGAGGUGGAUGGAGAUGUGGAGAUCCCUCAGAACAAGGCCAUGGUCCUAAGGGGCCACGAGUCAGAGGUGUUUAUCUGUGCCUGGAAUCCAGUGAGCGACCUGCUGGCGUCUGGGUCUGGGGAUUCGACGGCUCGUAUCUGGAACCUGAGUGAAAACAGCACCAGCAGCUCCACACAGCUGGUCCUGAGGCACUGCAUCAGAGAAGGAGGACAGGACGUCCCCAGCAACAAAGACGUCACCUCGCUGGACUGGAACAGCGAGGGCACCCUGCUGGCCACAGGCUCAUAUGACGGCUUUGCCAGAAUAUGGACAAAAGACGGUAAUCUAGCCAGCACCCUGGGGCAACACAAAGGCCCCAUUUUUGCCCUGAAGUGGAAUAAGAAAGGCAACUUUAUCCUGAGUGCAGGAGUAGACAAGACUACGAUCAUAUGGGACGCUCACACAGGAGAGGCCAAGCAGCAGUUCCCCUUCCAUUCAGCUCCAGCUCUGGAUGUGGACUGGCAGAGCAACAACACGUUUGCUUCCUGUAGUACGGACAUGUGCAUCCACGUCUGUAAACUGGGACAAGACCGGCCUAUUAAGACAUUCCAGGGACACUCAAAUGAAGUUAAUGCAAUCAAGUGGGACCCUACGGGGAACCUGUUAGCAUCCUGUUCAGAUGAUAUGACGUUGAAGAUCUGGAGUAUGAAGCAGGACUCGUGUAUCCACGACCUGCAGGCCCACAGCAAAGAAAUCUACACCAUUAAAUGGAGUCCUACUGGACCGGGAACCAACAAUCCCAGUGCUAACCUCAUGCUAGCCAGUGCAUCGUUUGACUCCACAGUGCGUCUGUGGGACGUGGACCGGGGGAUCUGCAUCCACACGCUGACCAAGCAUCAGGAACCGGUGUACAGCGUGGCGUUCAGCCCCGACGGGCGCCACCUGGCCAGCGGCUCCUUCGACAAAUGUGUCCACAUCUGGAACACACAGACGGGGGCGCUAGUGCACAGCUACAGAGGGACGGGCGGGAUCUUCGAGGUGUGUUGGAAUGCAGCGGGAGACAAAGUGGGAGCCAGCGCGUCAGAUGGAUCUGUGUGUGUAUUAGACCUGCGGAAAUAGAGCUGCUGUUCGCUGGAAGCCAUGGACCGACCAUGAAUGUGUACAUAGCCAAAUGACUGUCCCUGCCUGCCCUGCGUACUGCUCACGCUUAGGCCCCGCCCACCGACUUACAGGAAGCAGGACACAGGAACAGGAAGCGAGUACCGACACAGCAGGUCCACACACGGGGAUAAAGUGACAGAUGGAUGGAGUGGCGCCCCCCUCUGUUGGGUCAGACUCUCAGAGAGAAGCAGAGGCGGGAUGCAGCGGAAACGGAGCAGAGACGUGACGAAUCGGAAUAUUUACCAAAAUAUGGAAGCUGUUUGGCUGUUUGAUCUGGGAAACAUUCCCAUCGUCAUCAAAAUGUAAAACAAUGAAAACGUGUUGAUCUAUGUUACUAGUCAGAUCUUAUUGUGGACAUAUCGGCUCCUCCACCACAGAUAGGAUGGCACUUAGGGUUUCUUUUUUUUUUUUUAAAUUUCAGAUCUCUUGUUCUAUAUUUUUUAUCAUGUGGGAGGGUCAAAGGUCAUGGAGACGUCCUGCCCUCUCCCCCCAGGCAGGUGGCAGCGCCUCACUAAGCUUCACCAUGCUGAUCAAACUCUGGAUUCCUCUGAUUCAUCCACACGGGCAAAUAACACAUGAUGUCCCCCCCUUACCCCCCUUCCUGUUCUGACCUGGAAGCUGCAGUAGAACCAGAACCAGGUCCAGACUGUCUGCUGGUUUGUUCUGAUUUUUACUGGGAGCACUGGGAGCUCUGUGUGUUUUCUACUGUUUUCCAUGUCAUUUUUACAGCUUUUUAAAUUAAAUGGAAUAGUUUCCCUUUUUUCCAGUCAUAACUUGUUUCCAUUCAGCAGUACAGCGCCCUCCAGUGGCUGUGAGGGAAAUGUGACCUGACAGCAGACGUCGUCUCUGUGGAUUUAGUCAGGACAGUGUACCAUCGCUCCAACCAUUGAAUGGUUUCCACUGAACCAGUUCCAGUGUGAAACUGGCACUAGUGCUGUUCUUGACAGCAGUGGUUUGUGUUUCAACUGGUACCGAUCAACUGGUUGGGCUGGGCCAGAACUUCUCAUGGAGACCAAUAAUAACAAACCAAAACUUUGCAUACACCAUGUUUGAACCUCUGAAGUCCAGCUCUGGUUUAAGAAUAAGCGCUUAGCUGGCAGAAAAGACCCAGUUAGGGAACAUGAAAUAUUUACUAAGUCUCUUCUUGGAGCUGCACCAAUAAAUCAGCCUGGGAUCUGAUUGAUCAGCCAAUACACACAUGGAAAACCAAUCUUAUCCACUUUCACAUCAGACACCGUCUCCUCCUGUGAGAGAGGACUGACUGACCACCAGGUCACGUCUGCACAUGCAUGGUUAGCAGUGGUCACCUCUUCAUUGUCUACUUAGUGACUUUUAGAAACUAUUCUGACAAAGAUAUUGGUAUAUGCCAAAAUUGGAAUCAGCAGGAUUUUCCUCCUCUAGUCUGUUUGAUUCUCUCAUAAAUUCUUGUCUUGUUUUUGCUAACAGGUUGAUUUCUACGGCCAGCUGUUUGGCUUUUCUGUCCUCUGUUCAGCUGAGCUGUUGCUCAGAGCAACAGGAUGUUCCAGUCACAACAGCUGAGGACAGGAAGGGCUGUAGGAAUCCAGUUGGUGCAAAACUCUUUACAGGUUUCAACAUUUUUAAAACAUUCUAAUCCAGCCAAUGUUGACGGUCCUAAAUAAGCCGGUUCAAAUCAGAACGAAAGGAGCUUUAAACCUGGUGUGAACAUCUGGGCUGAUCUAAGAAUACUCGGUUGUCGUAUUAAAGAAAACGGAUGGAGAUGAUUUUUUUUGUCACAUCUUCACCUGAUUACAAUCGUCUUUGUUGUGUCGGCUCCAGUUUCACUUGUUAUUCUUCGGCUUGAUUUAAGCAGUACUGGUCCCAGUGUAGUGGUGAACCUGGACAGACUGGGACAGUACUGGUGGACCUGGACAGACUGGGACAGUACUGGUGCCGUUCCACCGGCUGCAGCAGGAAAACAUUUCAUCCCCCAGACGCCGUUCCAGACAUGCAGUCCCCACAAAUCAGCUGGAGAUGUUCACGUCUCUUUAAUGAUGACUGAGCAUGGCUGAAAAGGAGUGUUUCCAUAGCGACCACACAUCCUCUGUGUUUUGCCCGUGUUCAUGCAGGUUUCACAAAGGAAGAACUAAUGAGCUCUGAGCUGUUCAGGUCUGCUCCCUGCAUCAUGACCUCUGACCUCCAGUCUGCUCCUCACCAAACCUCUGCUCAGUUUUCUACUCUUCUAAAGCCACCCUGUCAUUUCACUCAUUUAGAAACAUGAGGCGAGCAGAUGAUGGCUUGGUUCUUUUUACCUUUUCCUUACAGCAAUUAACCACUAAAUGAAUCAGUUUCCAUAACAACGUGAUCUGUUGGAAACAUUUGUCCAAGUGACAGAGAAAAGAAAUUUAUCUUUAAUUCUAAAAUAAAAAAAAACAGGAUUGCAAUGAAAUAUGAAUGUAAUUUUCCAACCAAGCAACAGAUCUGGGCACAGCAGAUGUUUGAUGGGAGGAUCAGAUCUGGAGGUGGAGCUGGUUGCCAUGGUUGCAGCUAUUUUUUUUUAACUGUUGACAUGGUUUAUACAUGAAACCGAACACAGGACAUUUACAGAAAAUACUCUGGGUAUAAAACCUAGCUGCUUUUUUGUCUCUGAUCUCUGAUGUUAAAAAUAUCAACUCUUUCUACUUCUGAUCAAAUUAAAAAAGGAAAAAUGAGUGAAUUGGAGCUUGUAAGCUUUACUGGACCAAAACCUUCCAGAAGCUUCUCCCUCUGACAGCUGCUGCUGACCGUUGUGUUUCCGCCUCCCCAAGCAGAACUCUGGACUUCUGGACUCCACAGAUUGAUUCAUGUUCCUUUGAUUCAUGUUCCUGGUUUACGUCUUGUGUGUGAUUUAAAAGAAAAUUUUUUUUGUUUGUUUGUUUUUCUUGACUGUAUCUGAAGUUCUGAAAUCCAAACUUUCAAGCGGCCAUCUUGGACAAGCCGGGGCGUUGCUGAAGCUGCGUCCGGGUCUGGAUCAGUCCCCAGGGCUCCAUCAGCGCGUUUUCUGUUUUUCUUUGCAGCUUGCAUCUCAUCCAUCUGUGUCAUCAUUUAAGUCAGAUCAGUAAAACUUCAGUGCAGAAUAAAAUAUAUUUUGAUAAGAGGUUUGAGUUUUGAUUUUUCUGUGUGGGGGAAAUGAAGUGUGAGCGCUGGGGGGAAAAACGAGACAAAACACCCAACAAAAGAAGAAAAAAGAAAUCGGUGACAGUCGUGUUUGUUUUAUUUUAUGUCAAAACACAAAGAAUUGAUUUUGGGUUUAUGAACAAAAUAAAACUUUGAUUUCAAUGUUCUUGAGCACUUAUGUUAGUUUUUCUCAGUUGCCGACAUUUUCAAAAUAACAGUUAUGCAACAACAAAAAAAAGCAAAGUUAAAAAUACUUAUGGCAUUCAUGUCCAUGAGGAAUGUUGUACAUACUGCUGUGAAUUAAAGAACAUGAAAAAUU